AUGGCCGACACUGUUGGAAAGACCAUUACUUGCAAGCAGGCCGCCAUCGCCUGGGCAGCUGGCCAGCCUCUGUCCGUCGAGGACGUCGAGGUUGCGCCUCCCAAGGCCCACGAAGUCCGCAUUCAAAUCCAUCACACUGGUGUCUGCCACACUGAUGCAUACACUCUCUCCGGAAAGGAUCCCGAGGGAGCCUUCCCCGUCGUUCUUGGCCACGAAGGUGCUGGCGUGGUCGAGUCUGUUGGAGAGGGCGUGACCAAUGUCAAACCCGGUGACUAUGUGGUCGCUCUUUACACCCCCGAAUGCAAAGAGUGCAAGUUCUGUCUCUCCGGCAAGACCAACCUGUGCGGCAAGAUCCGAGCCACCCAGGGCAGAGGCGUCAUGCCUGACGGGACAUCUCGCUUCAAGGCGCGCGGCCAGGACCUGCUCCACUUCAUGGGCACCUCGACCUUUUCCCAGUACACCGUUGUAGCGGACAUAUCCGUUGUCGCCGUGACCGAAAAGGCCGGCACCGACAAGACCUGCCUGCUCGGCUGCGGUAUCACAACGGGCUACGGCGCCGCCGUGGUGACCGCCAAGGUCGAAGAAGGAUCCAACCUGGCCGUGUUUGGCGCGGGAUGUGUCGGUCUGUCCGUCAUCCAGGGUGCUGUCAAGAACAAGGCCGCCAAGAUCAUCGUCGUCGACGUCAAUGACAAGAAGGAGGAAUGGUCGCGCAAGUUCGGCGCCACUGAUUUUGUCAACCCGACCAAGCUGAAUGGUCAGAGCGUGCAGGAGAAACUCAUCGAGAUGACCGAUGGUGGCUGCGACUAUACCUUUGACUGCACGGGCAAUGUUGGCGUUAUGCGAGCUGCUCUGGAAGCCUGCCACAAGGGCUGGGGUCAGAGUAUUGUUAUUGGUGUUGCUGCUGCAGGCCAGGAGAUUUCCACACGACCAUUCCAACUCGUCACCGGCCGCGUCUGGAAAGGAUGCGCCUUUGGCGGUAUCAAGGGUCGCUCACAGCUGCCCGACCUGGUCGACGACUACCUGAACGGCCAGCUCAAGGUCGACGAAUUCAUCACGCACCGCGAGAAACUCGCCAACAUCAACGACGCUUUUGAGCAGAUGAAGGCUGGAGAUUGUAUCCGUUGUGUUGUUGACACGAGAGCAUAA